AUGAAAAUAAUAAUUGAUGCUAUAAAUUAUGAAUCAGAUUAGACAAAUUAUUAAGUAAAGUUAAAAUGUGGACCAACAGUAUUAUAAACAGUUCUAGGGAAUAAUUGGAAUCAUAGAUUUGUAUUAGAACAUAAAAAAACAUCAGAAAUAAGAAUUGAGGUUUGGCAAAAACCUAAUGAUGAAUACUAAUUAAUUGGAGAUUCAAUAAUUUAGAGAGUAGAAGGGGUAUAAAAAUUGACAAUAAAAUAAAAUAACAAAGAAUAGGGUUUUAUUAAUAUCUAGUAUAAGGAAGUAAAAGACUCAGUUACAUAAUAAAUUCUAAACUAAGACUCAUUAAAUGUAAGUAAUUAAUGAAUUUUAGUUAUCAAAAAUAGAAAAGUAAGCAUAAGCAUUACAGAAGUUGAAUGAUUCAUUAUCAAUGAUUCCAAGUCCACAUUAAGAUUUUGUAUCGAUAAGUGAAUAUUUUUCUUAAUAAUUUUAAAAUGAAGAUCUGACAGUGAAUUCUAAAAAGUUUGCGUCUAAAUUUGUCAAAGAAUCUCUUGAAAAAAUAUUAUAAAAUAUAUCAAUUGCAAAGGAGUCAUAUAAUUAAGAAGAUGAUGAAUAUGUAGAAAAUGAAAUUGAAAAAAAAAAUAUAGAAAAGGUACAAAAAUAAUUAAUGAAAAUUGAUUAUAAUAAAUUGGAGAAAAAAAGAAAAUAAAUAAGUUCUGAAAUACUUCAAUUAGAUGAAAUGUCAUAAUAAUUAAGAAUAGAUUAGAUAGAUUAAAAAUAAUAAAUUAUAAAUUUGAGAUAGGAUUUACUUUAAAAAUUGCUUUAUCUUGAAGAUAAAUUAGAACAUUUAAAGAAAUAAAUUAAAAAAUAAAAACAUCAUGUUUUUGGAUCGAAUCCUAAUUUAGUAAAUAGUGAAAUAGAAAUUAGUUCUAUUAAUUUAUAAAAAUAAUUUGUUGAAAAAUGGUAAUAAGAUCCUGCUUUGGAGAAACAAAGAUAAGAAUUUAUUUAAAAGUAAAUUUAGGAAUGGAAUGAUAUAUAAAUUAAGAGAUAAAAAAGAAUUGAUGAAUAAUUUAAAAAGAUAGAGUAAGAAGAAAAAAUAAUAUAAUAAUAAAAAAAGGAACUUUAAUAAACAACAAAUGCUAAAAAAAGAGAAGAUAUUGAAAAGAAUUUAAAAUUAUUGGAAGAAUAAUAAAUUAAAAGAAAGACUGAAUUAGAUGAAGCAAAUAAAAGAUUUGAAGAAAAGAAAAAAGAAAAGUAUUUAGCCUUAAGAUAUGCAGAAUAAGAUGCUACAUAUAUGAUUUAAUUAUAAUAAGAAAGAAAAAAAAUAAUUGCUUAAAAUAAAAAUCCUGAUUUUGAUGCAAAGGAAAUUAAAUAAUUUGAAGAAAAAUUUAAUUAAAUUCAUCUUGAGAAAUAGUAAAAACGUAAAGUUUAAUGGGAAGAACGAGAAGCCCAAUGGAAUAAAUUUAAAGCAUAAUAUUAUUCAUCUUCAUAUUAGAAAGCUAAAGAAGAGUAUAAACGAAUAGAAAAUGUUAUUGAUUAAGAUAAAUAAUAAAGAUUAACCAAACUUUCUUAAUAUAUUGAAGAUGUAAAAUAAAAUCAUUAACCAACCAUAUCUGAAGAACUUUAAGAAAAACUAAAUUUUUUAAAAAAUAACAUUAAACAUUAAUCUGAUUUUAAAAAAUAUUAAUCUUUAUCAAAAAUAGUUUAAUCUAAACAUUAAUUUUAUGGUGUUAGUAAAGAUAAGUUAUAAAAAAAUAUCAAAAAGCAUAAACUUAUACCUUUGGAGAGAUUGCCAAUUAAAAUAUCUCCAAGAGAAGUUGGAGAUUUCUAUCUUAAAUAAAAUGCUACUUAUAAUAUUAAAAAUAUUCCACCAAUGAAAAGAGUUCUCAAAAAUGAUAGUGAAGUUAAAUAAUCAGCUACAUCUCUACCAAACCCUAAAGUAUUUGAUUAUUUAAAAAAUUAAAGAUUGAAAAAAAAAGCUGAAGAAGAACUUCAAGUAAAUAUUAAUAAUAAUUAUAUUUAGAAUAAAACUAAAGAAAACAAUAUUUUAGAAAAAGAAGAUUUAUAAAUGCUUGAUUUAAUUAAUAAAAAGCUUAUAUUUUUGAAGUGA